GCAAACUGAAUUGAGAAACCUGAAACACAUCAUCUGUGUUCUAGAUUGUUUCUAGAAUUAGUACAUCUGAUUCUAGCACUGUCACAGUAUUUAUGUAAGAGUGUGGGUUCUGGCGUUGGGAUACCUUGGUUUAAUUCAGGGCUGUGAUAUUUACUGGUUGUGGGCUUUGGGCAGAUUACUUCCCUUAUCCUUCAGUUCCUCACGUGUGAAAUGAUGAUAGGAGGAUUACACAAGAUGGUGUUUGGAAAGCAUAAGGCCUUGCACAUAGAAAGUGGCCAGUGGGGUUUCAGCUGUUGUUAGUUUUAUUCUUCUGACAGCCUCUGUCACCUGCAGGAUCUGGAGCCUGGUAGCUGGUCAGGGCUCAAGGCCCCUUGCCAGCAGACCUCCACCCUCUGUCUGUGUGCCACACUUCCAUGUUCCCACACCCGUCUGCUUGGACUGCCCCUUUCCCACUUGAAUCCCUGGUAAAAUCCAGCUCCUUGGUUGAUUUUCCGCAGGCCAGCCCUCCCGCUUUAUCUGCCCUCCUGAUGCCCAAAAAACAGAUUCGGCAGGAGUUGCUGGAUUGGCCCUGGGUGUGGAGGGCAUAAAAGGCAUGAAGAACUAGAAGCUCAGAAAAAAUUCUCCAGGGAUGCAGGGGUACAUGAGGGUGGUUUCAGAGAGCAAGGCAGGGCCUGUGGGCUGAGGGGGGAGACCAUCUCUGGGACAGUCACAUCGUUAACAAUAGCAUUUGAAAAGGCUAAAAACCUAUCAAGUGAGAGGCAAGAGGCUUCUGGAACAGCUAAGGUGUGUGAGGCCUCAGACACAUCUCUCCUUCUCUGACAGUGGUGCCUUGGUCAGCUUUUCUCAUUUCUAACAUACACUAUGGAUAUGGAUGAUUUUUCAGAAAAAAAGAAGAACUAUUAUAGGUGCAUAACCAAAUGUAAGAUGCUCCUUGGGAUCAGAAACAUAAACAUGAGUGAGCAUCAGAACCCAGAAAUGUGGCUAGACUGGGACAGUGACCCCUAAGGGGAGGUUGGGGUGCUGCUCCCUGCUGUGCACACUGGUGGGGCCAGUCUCUGCCCUGGCCAGAGCCUCUGCCCUGAAUGCCCACCUAGGUGUAAAGGUUCGGUUGACAAGGGUUAGCUUUGGGAAGUAUGGUGCCAUUCUGAGUGCAUGAGGGUGUCGGUGAUGCCACAGGGUGUGCCGCACUGGAGAGGUCAGGAGUGUCGCUGGCUGUCUGUGAUGGAGUCCUGAGGUUCUUUCCCCUAAACCAUUCGUUCAGAGUCAAGACACUGGGUGUCCCCACAGUGUGCUGUUUCCCCAAGUGGGACCAGACCGUAAAGUGCUGGGGAAGGUGGGUUGGUUCAAGCUGGGCAGUCCCUUUGGGCUGGCCUCCCCUGGUAAAAUUAAGCCCUGUCUUCCUCUGCUGUUUUACACCUAGUUCAUGUACUUCAGUUGUGACGUAGACCUUAGCUGCCUGCCAGCACUCCCACCCUCCCCCUCCAGUCGACCCUAAAUGAGGUGGGGAGGUAUGCGACCCUCUUUUAUGAGAGCUGGGUGGGGUGUGGCCUUACACAGCCUGUCAGGGCUGCAGCAGAGGUGUGGGUCUGGUGGUGGAAAGUGAGUCUGCAAGCUUGUGGGGCAGGAACAGGAGUGGGGUUGCCUUUUCCCCGUUCUUGGUGCUGUCUUUGCAUCAGCCUGUUCUCCAGUGUCAUCCCAGGCCUGUCCAGGGAGCUGCAGAGAAGGUGACAGCCUCACCCAGGGUCCACACCAUCCGGCUGCAGAGAGCUGCUCCAACUGCAGUACCAGGGAUUUGAAGGUACUAGAAAUCUGUCUGGCUCCAAAGUCUUGUGCAGGCCAGAGGCUGACUAACCUGCACGUGAGGAGUUGAGAACUCCCAGCUUCCUGCGAGCCCCAGUGCGGACCCCUUCCUGUUCUGUAGGUCAGAGCCAGCGCGCACAAUGAGCACAAGAAAGCGUCGUGGCGGAACGAUACAUUCUAGACAAGCCCAGAAGCGAACUCGGGAAGCAGCCUCCAUACCCGAGAUGGCCUUGGAAGCAGAACCCAUAGAGCUUGUAGAAAGUGCUGGAGAUGAAAUAGUGGACCUCACCUGUGAAUCUUUAGAGCCUGUGGUUGUUGACCUAACUCACAAUGAUUCCGUUGUGAUUGUUGACGACAGGAGGCGGCCACGAAGGGAUGGGAGGCGGCUCCGCCAGGACCGUGCUGACAGCUGCGUGGUGAGCAGUGAUGACGAGGAGCUGUCCAGGGACAGGGAUGUCUAUGUGACCACUCACACUUCUAGGAGCGCCAGGGAGGAGGGGGCCACCGGACUCAGAUUGUGCAGAACGGGCGUCUCAUCGUUUCCACAGAAUGUGGCCAUGUCUUCUGUAGCCAGUGCCUCCGUGAUUCCCUUAAGAAUGCCAAUACUUGCCCAACUUGUAGGAAAAAGAUCAACCACAAACGUUACCACCCCAUUUAUAUAUGAACUGUACAGAGCUGCUCAGGAUAGACAAUGGACAGACAGACAGCAUGGCUGCAUUCUCCCCACAGUCUUGUCCGGGAUCUGUGGGUAUCUGCCUCCAAUUUCCUGAGCUCAGAAAGACUAUUUCAAAACCCACGUAUGAUAUGUAAACUGCCCUUUUGUUCCCAGUCCCCUCUCAGUCUUUUUGUUGUCUCCUGUUUGAUGCUGUGGGGCUGGACCUAGCCCACUUCCUAGGCCAGCUCUGCGUCUUUGCUCCUCUGGGUGGUCUGGUUCCAAGGCAGGAGAAAGGGGCCCUCUGGCUGCCCUUCCACCCUGUGAACUCAGGUUCUCUCCCUGGGAUCUCCUAGCUUGUGGGCUGUCCUGAGAGCUCCCAAGCACACUGGAAUUGAGACUUGUGGGUUCAGCCUCUUUCUGGAACCUCUGUGUUGGCCAAGAAGUUUUCCUGUAAAACAGCUUCCUCCCAGCCCUAGCCACUGAGUGAGCAGUUCCACCCCAGCGUUCCUGGGCCGCCCUGUUUCACCGCAGGAGUCUGCCAGUCAACCAAUUUGCUCACCACACUGUGACCACCUGACACCGUCCACCCGGCCCAAAGAUUCCAGCUGUGGAAGCAGCCCCAGGCCUGGUCCCUGGAGAGCCCGGGUCACCACAGUUCCACCUAUACUGCAGUGUUGACGUGCAGUGACCUCUGCAACCCUCUACAGGGAAUCCCCAUUUCUUUAUGAAUGAAAAUGUGCAAUAAAGCCCGUUCUUCCUUUUCAGCAGCACAGAGAUGUAGCACUGUCAGUGUCCCCUCAGAGGCCUAGUGUUGCCUGUGGAGCAGUGCCAUCCCUGCCCGCCCCUGCUCACCAACUGUUCUCAGGAACCUUAACCUGUGCCCCAGAGGCCUUCCCUGGGCCCUGGCUCUAAAGGACACAGGGUGGGCGGCCAUCCCAUGCUGGCCAAGUGGCCACUGCACCUCAGUCUGUUCGCCCAGGUGUGGGUCCUGGGAGGUGAUGGCAGUAAUGGUGGCCUUAUCAGCCGCUGCCUCUCUCUGUCAAGAACUUUGCCCUACCUGACUAGCUGGGCUGCUGCCUGGCUUUCUCCUCUACCCCAGCCAAUGAGGAUUUGUUGCAGAAGUUGCUCUCCUGGCUGUUUGGGCUCUGAUCCUUGGGGUUUGGACUGCUCCAUAAAUUUGGGUUGGCAAAGUGUGGUGGCAACUCCUCCCCAAGGAGCCCGGGUAAGACCCUCUGCUCUACUCCACCAACACGUAUCUGCUCAGCCGCUGGAAGGGGCCAGGCGGCCCGAGCUGCCCUGCCAGCCCCUGGGAGGGUAGGCCGCCAGGGAGGGGCCUUGCCAGGCCAGCCUGCCUUCACCUUCUUACCCUCCUUCCUCAGAGCUUCAAGCUGCCCAGUGGCCUUUUCACGUGGGACAUCUCCGAGGUGGGAAAGGGGCCACUUGGGCUUUGCUAGCAAUAACUGACCUUUGAUUCACCCUUCUCAAGGAGCAGGGACCCAGCACAGAACUCACUUUAAACGGGGCUGAAGGAGCGUCCCUCCUUGAUGUGAAAAGAGUAAUUUUAUUCUUCAUUCUGACUUUUUACCUGUUUGGCUCACUUGCAGUUAGUUUGAAUAAAAGUAAUAAUUUUCUACGUGAGAGUUAAGGAUGGAAGGAGCAUCUCCACUUUCGUCCAGGUGAUGUGUUCGGAGCGCCACCCUCAGAUCGCGGUGGGCGUUACGUUCCCUCUGGACCUCAUGUUUCAGUAAUACCCAGAUUUCAGGCGCCAACCAGUCAACUAAUUGAUGACACCCAUUUCCAAAUGGCUUUAGUUUUUAUGCUUAAAGUCUACAUAAGUGGUUAAUCAUAAAAGUUGUAUUACUUUACCCUAGAUUAAAUCGGAAAGAAAUGUAUGUUUAGUUUUUACUUAUUCAGAAACUGCGAAAUAGGAAAAGUUUGUUAUGGGAGAAUCCCUUUACCUUCUCAGUGUACAUAGUUCAAAUCUUCAUUUGUUACGUUUAAACAAAAUCCAUGUAUGUCAAUCUGUUUUGGAUCCCUCUGCUAGUGUUAAAGAUGAAAAUAAAACCAUUAAUUUGAACCACA